AUGGAUUUCGACAGCAAUGAUGGCACUAUCAUUAGAAAACUUCAGGAAAAUAUUGAAGAGUUGGGACAGCAAGUGCAACAUUUGGAUUCGUUCAUCAGUAGAUUGACAGAAAGUGAGCAACAUCGCGAGCAGUUCAAUGAGUUGGCUCACAAAGCUCAGAAAUUGUCGAAAGAGACUAAUCAGUUGAUGAAGCAACUCGUUCAGCUCAGCAACAGUAACGUGAGUGAAUGUCAACCAGUUUCAUGUUAUAUAAGUUUUUUUUAG